AUGUUAUUGGCAGUAGAAGGAGGAGGGUUCUUCUCAUCUUCAGCUUCUGGGUAUAGCAAAGGCCUGGCCCUUCUUCUCUUGGGUCAGAAGAACGAAGAUAAACCCAUGAGAGUUUCGCCGUGGAAUCAGUACCAGUUGGUGGACCAAGAAUCUGACACUGACCUCCAGCUGGCUUCCACAAAGGACCGACUUUCCCGCGGGUGCGCCUCCUUUGUCUGCUUUGGUCGCGCUUCCGCCGGGCUUGACACUCCAUCUCCUCUUAAAGUGGGCCCUGCCCAACAGCAGGAUAUCUUGCCUGGGUCUCUAGUUUCUGAUAAAGGCAAGGAUCACACUGCUGACACUGACGAUGAUCAUAAUUCAAUAAAAGUUGUUCUCAAAAGCAGCCUGAAGAAGCCAUCAAAAAGAACUCCAGUUUCUGUUGAGAGUGCUAAUGAACGUGAAGCAUUGAGUGAAACAUGUAGUGACACCCCUGAUAAUGCAGAAACGAGGAAAGUGCAGUGGACAGAUACUUGCGGGAGUGAGCUUGUUGAGAUCAGGGAAUUUGAGCCCAGCAUUCAUGGUGGUGUGGGUUUUGCCAAGAAAUUUCUAUUCCUUGAUGGAUGUGGCUUAGUUUUUGGGUUUAAUGACAAGGCUGUUAGUCUUUGA